AUCAUUGUUAGUUGAUUAUAGGUUUGUUGUGGGAAGGCUUUGAAGAGUUGUUUUUUCUUUGCACAGUCCAGGACGUCGACCAUGAAGUUCAGUGGGAAACAAACUUUACUCAUUGUAGCAGCUGUGUUUUUCCUCUGUGUGGCUGCAGACCUACAUGCCCCUGAAGUGCACACUGAGCUGGGGAGUCUGAGAGGUCAGUACGUCAGUGUUAAGGGGAAGGAGACUGGGGUCCAUGCCUACCUGGGGGUCCCCUUUGCCAAGCCCCCUGUAGGUCCUGCUCUGAGACUGGCUGCACCUCAACCUGUAGAGGGAUGGGAAGGAGUGAAAGAUGCCACCCAGCAGCCGCCCAUGUGUGUUCAACACAAACAGCAAGUAUUAGAUAUUCUUGAAAGGUUUGGUGGCAUGUUCCCAGAUGUUCCAGACGUUUCCGAAGACUGUCUCUACCUCAACAUUUACACUCCUGCAAACAGGGCUCAUGAUGCCAAACUCCCAGUCAUGGUUUGGAUCCAUGGAGGAGGAUUCGCUUUUGAAUCAGCUUCUAUGUAUGAUGGAUCUGCACUGGCUGCUUACCAGGAUGUGGUUGUGGUUUUGAUCCAGUAUCGCUUAGGACUUCUGGGAUUUCUCAGCACUGGAGAUCAACACAUGCCUGGAAACGUUGGUUUGCUGGACCAGGUACAAGCUCUGAGGUGGAUCCAGCAGCACAUUCACAACUUUGGUGGAGAUCCAGGUUUAGUCACUGUAUUUGGAGAGUCUGCAGGUGGGAUCAGUGUGUCCUUGCUGCUUCUCUCACCGUUGUCUCAUGGGUUGUUCCAUCGUGCCAUUGCUGAGAGUGGAACUGCUGCCAUGGAUGCAUAUGUGUCAAAUAACCCUUUACCAAUGAUGCAGAUUGUGGCAAAUGCAUCUGGUUGUAACCAUGAAAGCACAGAGAAAAUCGCUGAUUGUUUCAGACGCCUGGAUAUUGACUCUAUUGUAACCAUUGGGAAGGAUGUUUAUUUGAUACCUUCUAUAAACGUUGACGGACACUUCCUGACAAAACCUGUGGAGGAGCUGUUCCGUGAACAUGAAGUUCUCACUGUUCCAUUCAUGACCGGUGUGAAUGAUGAUGAAGCAGGAUGGAUACUUGCAGAUAUUUUUGGUCUUCAAAACUGGACAGAGGGAAUGGAUCGAGAGCAGAUCACAAAGACACUGUCUGUUUUCUUUCCUGAUCCCAAACAUGCAGUUCCCAUAGAUUUGAUAACAGAUGAAUAUAUUGGAACUGGUGAAGAUCGUGUGAAGAACAGAGACGGCUUCACUGAGAUGGUUGGAGAUAUUUUGUUUACUAUUCCAGCCAUUAAGACGGUCAAUGCCCACAGAGAUGUAGGUGCUGAUGUUUACAUGUAUGAGUACCAGCAUCCUCCCAAAUUCCUGCAGAAAAAAAGACCAAACUUUGUUGGGGCUGAUCAUGGAGACGAACUUUUUACAGUGUUUGGAUGUUGCUUCAGCGCUCAUGUCAAACUAUCUGACCCAUGUACUGAAGAGGAGGAAGAGUUAAGCAAAACCAUGAUGAGCUACUGGGGGAACUUUGCCCGUACAGGGUCUCCUAAUGGUGACGGUCUUGCUCACUGGCCACAGUAUGGAGCAGGAGAAGACUACCUGGCCAUUGGUUUGAAGCAGCAGGUCACUCGUCAGCAUCUGAAGAAGAACCGCUUUGUCUUCAUGACUCAGACGCUUCCAGAGAAGAUCAAGCAACAUGAGGAGAAGACAGAGCGCACACCUGAAGUGCACACUGAGCUGGGGCGUCUGAGAGGUCAGUAUGUCAGUGUUAAGGGGAAGGAGACUGGGGUCCAUGCCUACCUGGGGGUCCCCUUUGCCAAGCCCCCUGUAGGUCCUGCUCUGAGACUGGCUGCACCUCAACCUGUAGAGGGAUGGGAAGGAGUGAAAGAUGCCACCCAGCAGCCGCCCAUGUGUGCUCAAAAUAGACAGAUUGUUGUAGACUUGUCUAAUGAGCUUGGAGUUGUGUUGCAAGUCAUUCCAGACAUUUCCGAAGACUGUCUCUACCUCAACAUUUACACGCCUGCAAACAGAGCUCAUGAUGCCAAACUCCCAGUCAUGGUUUGGAUCCAUGGUGGAGGAUUUGCUACGGGUUCAGCUUCUAUGUAUGAUGGAUCUGCACUGGCUGCUUACCAGGAUGUGGUUGUGGUUUUGAUCCAGUAUCGCUUAGGAAUUCUGGGAUUUCUCAGCACUGGAGAUCAACACAUGCCUGGAAACGUUGGUUUGCUGGACCAGGUACAAGCUCUGAGGUGGAUCCAGCAGCACAUUCACAACUUUGGUGGAGAUCCAGGUUUAGUCACUGUAUUUGGAGAGUCUGCAGGUGGGAUCAGUGUGUCCUUGUUGCUUCUCUCCCCGUUGUCGCAUGGGUUGUUCCAUCGUGCCAUUGCUGAGAGUGGAACUGCUGCCAUAGAUGCAUUUGUGUCAAAUAACGCAUUACCAAUGAUGCAGAUGGUGGCAAAUGCAUCUGGUUGUAGCCAUGAAAGCACAGAGAAGAUCGCUGAUUGUAUUAGAAACCUGGAUAUUGACACUAUUGUGACCAUUGGGAAGGAUGAUAAUUUGAUUCCAUCUAUUACUGUUGACGGACACUUCCUGACAAAACCUGUGGAGGAGCUGUUCCGUGGACAUGAACUUCUCACUGUUCCAUUCAUGACCGGUGUGAAUGAUGAUGAAGCAGGAUGGCUGAUUGCAGAUUUUUUUCAUCUUCAAAACUGGACAGAGGGAAUGGAUCGAGAGCAGAUCACAAAUGCACUGUCUGUUUUCUUUUCUGAUCCCAAACAUGCAGUUGUCAGAGAUUUCAUAAUAGAUGAAUAUAUUGGAACUGGUGAAGAUCGCGUGAAGAACAGAGACGGGUUCACUGAGAUGAUUGGAGACAUUUUGUUUACUAUUCCAGCCAUUAAGACGGCCAAUGCCCACAGAGAUGCAGGUGGUGCUGUUUACCUGUAUGAAUACCAGCAUCCUCCCACACUCCUGCAGAAGAAAAGGCCGAGCUUUGUUGGGACUGAUCACGGAGAUGAACUUUUCACAGUGUUUGGAUUCUGUUUCACAACUACUCAUGUCAAACUAUCUGACCCAUGUCCUAAAGAGGAGGAAGAGUUAAGCAAAACCAUGAUGAGCUACUGGGGGAACUUUGCCCGUACAGGGUCUCCUAAUGGUGACGGUCUUGCUCGCUGGCCACAGUAUGGAGCAGGAGAAGACUACCUGGCCAUUGGUUUGAAGCAGCAGGUCACCCGUCAGCAUCUGAAGAAGAACCGCUUUGUCUUCAUGACUCAGACGCUUCCAAUGAAGAUCCAGCAACUUAAGGAGGAGAUGGAGCGUAGCGAGCUGUAGAGCUGUCACCUCCCAGCUCUCUGGCCCAUCACCUUGGUGUUAAUGUCAAUUAAAAUUAAAUGUAUGGGUGUUUUUUUCUGUAUGGUUGGUGUUUUUUGAACUCCAACAACUAAAAUCAAAUCUUAAUUACAGACUCAGGAUAAUAUCUACAUGAAGCAUUAUUGAUAGUGAGUGCUGCAGGUCCCAAGUGGCAGGACCAGCAGCUAGAUAUGAAUGUCCUGUGUAAUCAUAGAAAAAAAAGCAACAACCUCACACCUCAGCAACAAGUAUCCCCCCCCCCACUGGCCUGGCCAAGACAUCAGCAUCUCCCCAAAAGCAGGAGCUGUAUCAACUCAAUGAAAAUUGUUUUAAAUGUUAUAACAUGGCCAAUGAUGUGCAUAAAAUGAAAAUGUGAUCACAUGUGGUAUGGGAAUGGGCAUUUUGUGGCAGAACAUUGUUGUUAAGUAUUGGUUUCAUGAUAAACUAAUAAUGGUUUGCUGAGAAGAGUAUAAAUGAUUAAAGCUUUUUAAGUCAAAGUCAAAUAACAACAUGAAGUCGUUGUAGACUAAGUAUUUAUGUUUUCAGUCUGAGCCGAUCAGCCCUCUAUCAGCAUUGAGCAAAACUAACCACAGUAAACCUUUGUCACACUGACUAGGACAUGUGGAAGUGGCGUGGCCAUUACCUAUAAAAAAAUCUGCUGAGUCAUCAUUAGUUGAAUAUGUAUUUGGUGGAGGAAGGUUUGGGAAUAGACCUUUUGAUUUUGCACAGUCCAGAAUGUCGACCAUGAAGUUCAGUGGGAACCAAACUUUUCUGUCUAGCGUCUGUGUUUUACCUCUGUGUGACUGCAGACACACAUGGUGAGUCUGUAAAUACCUAUGAUGCUUUGUCUCCUGCUCUAAUUAAACUAGUCUGUAUUUAAA